CUGGCUGAUCACGUGGUGGACAAUGUUGGCAGAGCGAUUUGCACGAACACUGGGACGGUCAAAUUCCGUUCGCAGAAGAAAAGCUAAAGUGAGCUAUUACAAUUGGGCUGUGCUGCCAAGGACGAUGUGUAGUGUUUGUGUUCCGGGGUAGCAAACUGCUAUGCUCCAGACAAAUCAAACUCCGCUGGUAGCUGGAGAUACGCACCGAAGCCAUGGUGUGAGUUCACAGUAAGCAGACUGCGUGAUGGACUGAUGGGUGUUACAAGAGAUUACUCAAUUGAAGAUGAUCACCGUUGAUUGAGAUGCGCUGUUGCAGAUGUAGAUAGAGUGACCAAAGAUUUCUAGUGCGUUGACGACCAUGGAUCCAGCAAAGUCUAAUGAUCUAUCCAGUCGUCUAACAGCGUUUGGUAGUGACGGGUCAAACGCGUCCCGCAAGAAUAUGGCGGAAGCUAAGCGUCCACGUGGUCAUUGGGCAUCCAAGACAGAGUUUAUUCUUUCGUGCAUGGGAUACGCGAUUGGUUUGGGCAAUGUUUGGCGCUUCCCGUACCUGUGCUACCGGAACGGUGGUGGCGCAUUUCUAGUGCCCUAUCUGCUUAUGCUGGCGCUCUGUGGUAUUCCGCUGUUCUUUAUGGAAGUUUGCCUAGGGCAGUUCAGUGGUACCGGUUGUGUGACGGUGUUCAAUAUCGCGCCGAUGCUGAAGGGCGCUGGAAUCGCAAUCGUGGUGAUCAACUUCAUCUGUACGGCCUACUACAACGUCAUCUUAUCGUAUCCCAUUCUGUUUCUGUGGAAAUCGCUGAGUACUCAACUACCCUGGGAAGGCUGUCAGAAUGCCUGGAACACGGACCGUUGCUUUGAAUUGCGCGGUGAUGGGCGUGCGGUGGAAGCGUUUCUUAACAACAGUGCGCUGACGCACUCGGAACGCUAUCGUACACCGGCAGAUGAAUUUUUCCACAACGAAAUAUUGCAAAUAUCCGACGGCAUCGACCACUUGGGAGGUAUCGUGUGGCCACUGUUCGUGUGCAAUGUGGUUGCGUGGAUCAUCAUUUUCUGCUGCAUCGCGAAGGGUGUCGAAUCGGUGGGCAAGGUCGUGUACUUUACCGCCACGUUCCCAUUUCUUAUUCUGGCGGUUCUGCUCGUCCGAGGUGUCACUCUGCCGGGCGCGUUUGACGGCAUCCGGUUCUAUAUCAUGCCCCAGUGGAGCCAGCUGUCCAACUUGAAGGUUUGGGCGGACGCGGCCAUACAGAUAUUCUUCUCACUCGGCCCUGGCUGGGGUGGCAUCGUGAACAUGGCCAGUUACAAUCGGUUCAAAAACAACACCAAGCUCGACUCGAUAUUGAUCCCGCUUAUUAACUGUGGGACCAGCAUCUUUGCCGGGUUUGUGGUUUUCUCGGUGCUGGGAUACUUCUCAUAUCAAACCGGUCUUCCUGUUGCUACGGCUGCUACCGGUGGUCCGGGGCUAGCUUUUAUCACGUACCCCGAGGCGAUCAGUAUGCUGCCCUUCUCGCCGCUAUGGGCCUGUCUGUUCUUCAGUAUGCUCUUCCUGCUGGGAAUCGAUAGCAUGUUUGUGCAAAUUGAGGCCAUCAUUUCAUCUGUACUGGACGUAUUUCCUACGCUGCGAUCGAGAAAACUGUCCAUAACGGCAGCCACGUGCUUCCUUAUGUUUCUACUUUCGAUCUCCUGUGUCACGCGGGGUGGAAUGUAUCUGAUACAGCUGUUCGAUUGGUACUCCGCAUCGAUAUCUGUGAUACUGGUUUGCAUUGUGGAGGUCGUUGCCGUUGGGUGGAUUUACGGUUGUGACAAUUUUAUCCGGGAUAUCCAGUUCAUGAUAGACCGGAAGGUCGAACGAUGCUGGAGAGUAUUAUGGAAAUAUGUCACACCGAUCGUGUUGAGCUUUAUUUUCUUCACUACAAUUGCCUACAACACGGAGGUAACAUACAACACUUUAACGUAUCCCCGUUGGGCUAUUGCUGUGGGAUGGGCUAGCUGUGGUGCUUCAAUGGUUUGUAUUCCGGCGUAUAUAUUUUAUCGAUUAGCAGUUUCGAAAGGAUCAUUUAUGACGCGAUUGAGAAACGAACUGACGCCGGAAGACUGGGGUCCAGCAGAUGCACAUGAUCGUGAGUUGUGGAAUGCAGCCAAGACAAAUGACACUGUAGUUGAUUAUCUGUAUUGAAACAUGAUAUGCUGAUAGAAAAAUAAAGUUAUUCUGUUACACAGAAACUUUGAUUGGUGCCGUUUUCGUAACAUGUACUGCUCCCGGAUUGGCGGCCACAUUCACUGAUCCUCCGGCCUCUACAUUAGUCACUGCAGGAGAAGCUACUACUGGAGGAGCUGCUACUGGAACGUACACCGGGACUUUAUGAACGACAUUCCGAACGUACACUGGAGGGCUAUAAACCUGCGGUACGUGUACAUACUGACGAAUGGCCACGGGAUGAUAAGUGCGACCCUUCAGGCGGCCAUGGAAAAACGGACUUCCGUAAACAGCGGCCACCAGACCGAAUGCGAAAAUUAGAAAUGCUAGCACCUGGAUAGGAAGAAGGUAAUCAGUCUUCUAAUAUGCUCGAUUGCCGUCUCAAACCGCCCUCUUACUUUCAUUCCGAUGAGAAUGUAGCAGAUCGACUGAAGA